AUGGAUACCCCUGUCGCGCGUCGCUUGCAAAGUGUGAAGCACAUCAUCAUCGUAUGCUCUGGCAAGGGUGGCGUCGGCAAGUCUUCCGUCUCGACACAGCUUGCGCUUUCCCUUCGCGCGUCUUCGCCCACCGCUCACGUCGGCAUUCUCGAUGUAGACUUGACCGGUCCAUCGAUACCUCGCAUGCUAGGCUUAGACGGGCACCCGGUGCAUCAGAGCAGCGACGGGUGGGUGCCGGUGUACGCGGAUGGAAGCGAGGCGCGCCUAGCGUGUAUGAGCGUUGGAUUUCUGCUCAAGAAGAAGGAGGACUCGGUCGUAUGGAGGGGCCCGAAGAAGAACGCCAUGAUUCGCCAGUUCUUGAGUGAUGUCCGAUGGGGAGAGCUUGAUUACCUUGUAAUUGACACGCCGCCAGGGACUUCUGACGAGCACUUGUCGCUUGUGGAGCACAUGGCACCCAUUCACUCGCGGUUGUCAGCGGUCAUCGUCACGACACCGCAGGCCGUUGCCCUUCUGGAUGCCAUGAAAUGCCUCUCGUUCACCCGCGCGACCGACAUCCCUGUGCUGGGUCUGAUCGAGAACAUGAGUGGCUACGUCUGCCCAUGUUGUGGUGAGAUCAGCAACGUGUUCUCGACUGGCGGCGGCGAGGAGAUGGCAAGGCGAGAGGGCUUGAGGUUUCUAGGAAGCUUGCCCGUGGACACCGAGCUCGUCUCUCUGCUGGACGCCACAGAACCUGAGCCGGAGUCCUCCGCGACGCUCCCCGACGGCGGUAGCGCGCGGUCUUUCAAGCUGCUUGAGAAGUAUGAGAAGACGUCUACCGCGCCGCUUUUCAAGACCAUCACGAACCAGGUCGUGGAGACGCUACUCUAA